AUAAUAGGAGGAAAUAGGAGCUGGCCACACGCGCGCUCCUCCUCCGACGCCACUGCUCGCUCGCCUCGUCACGACGCGCGCGCCGCGGUUUGCGGGAAUGCCUCGAGCCGAGAGCUUCUCUCUCUUUCUUUUUGCCACUCAUGAACGGGUAUAUGAACAGACGCUAGAAAUUGAAACGUAGGCUGUUUAGCUUCGGCUGCUGCCUGUUCGGUUCACCUCCCUGGCCCUUCGUUUCAUCUCCUCGCGUGGCCUGUUCAACUCCUCUCUCUGUGCCUAUAAAAGAGGUCGCUCCUCUCCAGAGAUACACUACGAGACACAGCACCAUAUGCGCCUACCACUCGGUUCCAGAGCUUUGCGCCGCCGCUCAAGACUUCUCCAUCCCGUCUAUCGGCGUGCACCGCUGGACGGGACAGCAGGCCUCCGGAACCCCGUCUCUUGUGAUCCUGUACGGGAGAGAGGCGAUAAGGUUUUUGGGGAGCGUUCUACCGCGACUGCUGGCUUCAACAUCGACACGGAGGCCGACGACUACUUCCCCAACGACGACUUCUUCCCCGACAUCAGCAACCUCUUCAGCGACAUGGCUCUCAACAGCGACAACGGCAACGCUGGUUCCUCUUCUGGACCGCAUUAUUCCCCGGUUAGCUUUGCUUCAUCUCUUAAGCCUCCUCCUUUCGAGGGCGUGAAUUACAAGAGGUGGCGUGCGAGAGCUAUUCUCUGGCUUACAACCAUGAGAUGCUUUGACGCCACUAAGGGCAAGCCUGAAGGAGAGCUUACUCCCCUCGAGGAGAAAGCUUUUGAGGAUGCCGACACCCUUCUGAGGGGUGCUAUCAUCAGCGUUCUUGGUGAGAACAUUGUUGACUCGUAUUUGUCCAUCUCUACGGGCAAGGAUAUGUGGGACGCAAUCGAGGCCAAGUUUGGGGUCUCGGAUGCGGGCAGUGAACUGUAUGUCAUGGAACAAUUUUAUGACUUCAAGAUGACUAAUGAGCGCUCCAUCGUUGAGCAAGCUCAUGAGAUACAAUCCAUUGCUAAGGAACUUGAGCAGUUCACUUGUGUGUUGCCGGACAAAUUUAUUGCCGGAGGUAUCAUUGCCAAGCUUCCUCCUUCAUGGAGGAAUUUUGCUACUUCUCUGAAGCACAAAAGACAAGAGUUCUCCACUACGGAUCUCAUUGGGUCUCUUGACGUGGAAGAAAAGGCAAGGGCAAAAGACACACGUGCUCGAGGUGUUGAGGGAGGUUCUAGUGCCAACUUGGUACAGGAAGAAGAACUUCCAAUCCUACAAGUCCAAGAACAAGAACAAGUAUGA